UGACUAGCCUUCUUACGCACACGUGCUUUGCGUGUCAAGUAAAAUUCUUCAUCGCGACUGAACCGUCAGUGUAUUUUACCGUUGUGAGCUGAGCAAAAAUGAAAGUGUUCUCCGUUUGCCUUGUGUUUUUGGGUAUGGUGGGAAUGGCGGAUUGUGUCGUUUAUGGGUUGUUAUUGAGCUUAACAGCGGCGGAUAACGGUGGAAGACAGUCAUCAUCGUCAAACGCCACAUCUCACGACAUUAUCAAAAGCGGUGGUUCCAUGUGCAGAAAAGAUAAACACUGUGGAYAUGGACGAUAUUGUCAUCGUUUUUAUGGGACGUGUCACGAUUUGAAACCGUUGGGUUCUCAUUGUCGUCGAGAUCAUGUUUGUGACCAUAGUAUGGAAUGUGUGUUUGGUAAAUGCAGGAAAAGUGUUCCUAAAGGUCAUCUAAACUCUCGUUGCACAAUUGAUGGUCAGUGUAACAAGGGACUGUGUUGCGCACCAACUCAUGGUGAAUGGCUGUGCAAAAAGAUGCUAAGGGAAGAUGAUAUUUGCUCUGUAUCCGAAGGAGGGAUAGCUUUCAGAAUUAACCAUCGUUGCCCUUGCGGGGAGGGCUUUGCAUGCAAGAAAGUGCGCCAUCAUAGGAAAAAAAGGAUUUCGAGAUUAUUUCGGAAAGAACGUCGCUGCGUCAAGAUUAGCUGAAUGAAUUGUCAUUUUAUAAGCCUCUUUACGAUAAACAAUGUCAUGUGUCCAAGGCACAAGUAUUGACGAUAGGUGCACCACUGAAAGGGCACUUUAAAAAAACAACAGAGACGUUAAGAUAGAUUGUAAAUAGCAUGGAUAUAAAACAACUAGAAUAAGUCAGAUGAGUUGUAAAACGUAGCUUUCAUCUCAUAACAUAUAGAUUAAAGUCUUUCAGAGGAACACUGCAUGUUCAGACCUUUGAAUAUUAUAUAUUCAUAAUUGAAAACAGGGUUAACACGUCUUUAAACAAAAGACUUCACAAACAUUCACUAACAGCAGACUGUCAACAAGAAACAAGAAAAAAAAACUUCAGCGAAAAACUACUUAAGUGUGUCAAAAUGCUCUUAUCUGUUAACGUAGGGUCUUUUUAUCUGUCAAACAUGAUGCUUAGGUUCUUGAUUUACUUUCGUCAUAGCCAGGACAAAUAAAUAAAUMCUAAUCCUAUUAUUGUCUGAGGACAAUAUAACAGCUUGUAAAUCAGUAUUUUAAAGUAAAAACUAUUAAAACUGAAUUCAUUUUA